GACGGAGUUUAGUCGAGCACAUAAACGCCUCAUGUCUGGCCGACAUAGAGAGUGAAGCAAGGAGGACAUGUAAUCAAUUCUUGGCGCCAUUCGGACAACCAUUGUCAAUUUAUUAAGAUAACGGUGAAUUAUUUUUUAUUAUUACUGGCAUUAUUUAAGCAAAUACCCGCGUCGUCUUUUUUACUGCUGGCUGGCCGGGGCCGUAGCCAAAGUUAGACGGAAAUCAUUGUUGUACUAGAGCGGCUCUCUUGUUCACGCUACCCGGCGGCGACAAUCCAGCGGAGAGACAAAAAAGGAGAAAUUUCCCCGGGGUGACGGAUCGGACGACGAAAAUGGGGAGGAAAUCAAGCCGAGCAAAGGAGAAGAAAGCACGGCGUCUGGAGGAGAGGGCAGCCAUGGAUGCCGUUUGUGCCAAAGUGGACGCUGCCAAUAAGCUUGACGACCCACUGGAUUCCUUCCCGGCCUUCAAAAAGUAUGACAGAAAUGGAUUGAAUCUACAGAUUGAGUGCAAGCGAGUGACUGCCCUCAACCCGCUCUCUGUGGAGUGGGCCUUCGAACUUACCCGAACCAACAUGCAGACGCUCUACGAGCAGAGCGAGUGGGGCUGGAAGGAGCGCGAGAAGCGGGACGAGAUGAACGACGAGCGGGCGUGGUACCUGCUCGCCCGCGAUGGCGACUCCGCCCCUGUGGCCUUCUCUCACUUCCGCUUUGACGUGGAGUGUGGGGAGGAAGUGCUAUAUUGCUACGAAGUGCAGCUGGAGAGCAAAGUGCGGAGGAAAGGACUCGGCAAGUUUCUUAUCCAGAUUUUACAGCUCAUUGCUAACAGUACACAGAUGAAGAAAGUAAUGCUGACUGUUUUCAAACACAACCAUGGGGCAUACCAGUUCUUUAGAGACGCUCUUCAGUUCGAGAUGGACGAGACCUCGCCGAGCAUGUCCGGUUGCUGUGGCGACGACUGCUCCUACGAGAUCUUGAGCCGGCGGACCAAACACGGCGAAGCCUCGGUGGGUCACAGCCAUGGCGGUGGCCACUGCGGCGGCUGCUGCCACUGACGGGCUAGUGAAGUGCUCAGCAGAGAUUGUGUGACAGUGUCAUUUAUCUUCCUUUUAGUAUUUUUUUUUUUUUUUUUUUUUAAAUCGGCCGCUCCGUUAAGGGUCUUGCUCUGUUACAGAUAGCGAUUUUUCAGAGUGUGUUCCUGCUGUAAAAGCAGCAUGUAAUGUGAGCUUUUCUUAUUUGAUCUUUUCAAAGCUUCUCAAUCCUUACAUUACAUGGGCAAUGCGAUAGUCAGAUCUUGUCUUAUCUUUUUCACAAGCACGGUUAGCUGCGCCCUCCUCCUCUAGCCAGGUGACAGCAAUGUACAGUAGCAGCCACCAUAGGACAACAUUAUAAUGAUUCAUGUGUUAAACUCUUCUUCUACUUGUCCCUUGUGCGUUUCCUCAUUGAUGUGGUUGCAAACUGUUUUCUGCCUCCUUGGAGUGAUGCAGUAUAAGUGCACUCUUUCUUUCUAAGACCAUCCAAUCAAGCCUUUUAUGUUGUGACAGAUGCAAUGCUUGGUUAUGUACAGCUCAUCAAUGUGUGGGAGCCACAGUGCACCCCUUUCCUUUUCACAGAUAAGUCUUAAUGACAAGUGUGCCACAAUUAAGCAGCAAGCUCACAAUUUCAUAUAUCUUAAUCAUGCCUUUUCAUCCCUCAAAUCUGAGGGUGGUUUUAUUGACGGUAGACGACCCAGAAUGGCAGCAGCAUAGGGGAAAUUCUUGUUCAUGUGUUUACAAAGCCUACAGGGUACAUUUGGAGAGCUUUUAAUCUGCAUCAGACCCAUAGGCCACCAUUAAAAACCCUUUUUUAGGUCAAAUGCUCUGUUUACUCAUCGAUGAAUUCCAAUGUGGGCCUUUUAUAGUUACAUUAUGAUUAGCUUAAGGUUACACUGAGGUUGCAUACUGAUUAAUGCCUUGUAGAAUUAUCUGCAACUCUGAUACACAAAAAAUGUGUUAAAGAGUCACUCCCAACAUAAGCUAUAAGGAAAAUGAAAAAGGAUGUUGUACAUAGUGAUGGGAUAUUCACUGACUGAUGUGACUUUGCCUGGUGGAGUCAGGUUUUGGUUUUCUCAUUCCAUUUUAAUAAGAACUUCCAUUUGGUACAAUCUACUUUGGUUGUUGUAGAUAAUUGUAGUUGUAAUAAAGACCACAAUUUGCUCCUGCAAUGCCUUGAAAAUAUGACUUCUGUUUGUAAAGACAAAAAAAGGUCCCUGGAUAGUACUCAUUUAAAUAUAACCAAUUUUAAAUAAGAUGUCUUAUAUUUUGGAGGGUAAUCUGUUACAUACCCACUCCGAUAAAAGGAAAUCCUCUGGAUCCUUUCUCCCCUUGUAUGUGUUCAUCCUAUACAUGCUCUUGUGUAUUCAAUCUUGAGAUAAAAAUUUCUAGACAUGAAAUUACCUAAAUACAUACACACUGUACUCUAGUCAUUUACCAAAAUGAAAGGGGGUCAAGUAAUUCUGCCUUGUCAGUGUUUUGUUUGUAUGUUAUAAAUAAAAUGAAGUGGUUUGACUUUU